UCCGUUUCGUACCCGAAGUUGAAUUGUAGUUUGAGACCGGAUAGUUAUCAACCAAAAAUCGUGAAUAAAAAUGUUCAAGCUGGCACGUAUGCUACUGCCGCAGCAGCGGAUUCUCGCUAAUCCGCUGCGCCUGCAGCGCCUGAUUUCCACCAGCGACGAGGUGAACGCGGAGCCAAUCCUCAAGUCCAUGGACACCAUUGGCGGCCUCCCCACCGAACUGGUCAACGAACAAAAGCUGAAGAAGACAAGCAGAACCUUAUCGACUCUCCAAAAUCAUUCGGUGCCAAUUGCCGCUCGCGUCACGGUGUCAAAAGAUGAAAGCCGUGACUUUAUGGCUGUGUUCCCAGAUCUUGUACGUGACAUUACCACCGUGACGAAGACGUAUAAUUGCAACGACGCCGCCAAGUGGUUCGCACAAGUCCUUCAGUACAAUGUUCCCAGGGGAAAGAAAAACCGAGGCAUUCUCACUGUUCUUACAUAUAAAAACCUAGUUCCUGCCCAGGAUCUUACGCCCGAGAACAUCAAACUCGCCCAGUAUCUGGGCUGGUGCGUAGAAAUGCUCCAAAGCUUCUUCAUCAUUUCCGACGAUGUGAUGGACAAUAGCACAACCAGACGUGGUCAACCCUGCUGGCACAAGGUUGAAAACGUUGGUAUGACCGCCAUCAACGAUGCCCUAAUGAUCGAAAACGCCAUGUAUGCCAUUCUUAAGAAGCACUUCAGUCACUUAGACUGCUAUGUGGCUCUGAUGGAGCUAUUCCACGAAAUCACAUACAUCACCACCUGCGGUCAGUCAUUGGACCAGCUGAAUUCAAACCGAUGUGUCUCGAAAUUCACCAUGGAAAACUACAAAGCUAUUGUGGAAAACAAGACUGCCUACUACACCUUCUACCUACCGUUCGCCAUUGCUUUACACUUGGCUGGAUACAAGGACGCUGAGGCCUUCCGUCAGUCAAAGACCAUUCUUCUUGAAAUGGGCAACUUUUUCCAGGUACAAGACGAUUUCCUCGACUGUUUCGGUAAUCCGGAAGUGACUGGCAAAAUCGGGACUGACAUUCAGGACAAUAAGUGCUCUUGGCUUGCAGUAGUGGCCAUGCAACGAGCCAAUGUCGAGCAAAAGCAAAUUAUGGUCGAUUGCUAUGGCAAAGAAGACCCAGCUAAGGUCGAACGAGUCAAGGAGCUUUAUAAGGAACUAGGACUGCCAUCAACGUAUGCCGUUUUUGAGGAGGAAUCCUACAACAUGAUUAAAACGCACAUACAACAAACCUCUCGUGGGGUGCCACAUCAAACCUUCCUGCAAAUUCUCAACAAAAUCUACCAACGUGACUCUUAAGAUACUUGAUGGCAACGACUUUACCAGAACGUUUUUAAUUAAAUUGUAGUUUUAGCAUUUAUAUGGAUGAACUGUUAGCAUGGGCUCAGCAAUUACAACCGAAAUUAAAUUUUAACUAUA